AGAUGCAUUUAUAACUUUAACGUGGUUGGAUUUCUUGUGUGCGACUUUUUAUUUAAAUGAUCAAGCUGCAGAUUCACACCCUGUCUCACCUUAAAGGUCAUAAACACAUAAACAUUUCCUCACUCCAGUCUCACGGCCCACCCAAAGCCCCCAUUUUUGUCAACCGUGUUGGAACAUUUCAGGAAAGGCGCCGUCCUGACCCCUUUUACCGUGAAGCCUCAACGUUCCCUCGCCACUCACACACACAGCUGCGCAGCGAGCACCUGUUUUAAAGCCUGCAGCGCACAACCCUCAACAUUUCAACGACAGGAAACUCUUUGGGUUGCUCUUCCACAGCCUGCGCAUGUGUGUGUGUGAUGCCACAUCAGCAACUGCUGCAGUCUUAGUUUUAAUAAGGUGAGCGGAUGAUGACAGCUUCACACCCAAGUUCUAAAAACACCCUUUUUGCUGAAUAGAUCUCAAGAAGGAACGUGUUGAAAAACAUUUAUAACUGGAUGGCGGCACUUAAAAUCUAAGAUUACGGGACGAGUGAGGUGAAAUUUCACAUCUUUAGAGGAAAGAUGGGAUGUGCUUGCAGUACGGACUCGGAAGAAUGGCUGGAGAACGUGGAUGACAUUUGCGAACACUGCAACUGUCCGAUACCGCCCCAGUCAAGCAACACAUACACAGAACAGCUGAUUCAACACCCAUCAUCGUAUUCGCCGCCCAUGUCGCCCUUGACAGACAACAUUGCUCUGGCCGUGUACAGCUAUGAACCCAGACAUGAUGAAGACCUGGGCUUUGAGAAAGGAGACAAACUCAAGAUCCUUAACAAGAAUGACCCGGAGUGGUACCUGGCAGAGUCCCUCACCACGGGCCAGCAGGGCUACAUCCCAUUUAACUUCAUCGCGAUGACCACAAUGGAGACUGAACCGUGGUUUUUCAGGGACAUUUCUAGAAACGAUGCCAUGAGGCUUCUCCUCGCUCCUGGAAACACUCAGGGCUCCUUCCUGAUUCGAGAGAGUGAGACAACCAAAGGGUCAUACUCGUUAUCAGUUCGAGAUCUGGACCACAACACAGGUGAAGGGGUCAAGCACUACAGGAUCCGUAACCUGGACAACGGCGGCUUCUACAUCACCGCCAAAAUCUCCUUCAACUCGCUGAAGGAGCUCGUCCAGCAUUACUCGCGGGAGGCCGACGGGCUGUGCUCCACUCUGGGGAAGCCAUGCCAGUCGAGGGCGCCGCAGAAGCCGUGGUGGAACGACGAGUGGGAGAUUCCCAGAGAGUCGCUGAAGCUGAUGCAGCGGCUUGGAGCUGGACAGUUUGGAGAAGUUUGGAUGGGUGUCUACAACAAUGACAGUAAAGUUGCAAUCAAAAACCUGAAGAUGGGCACGAUGUCCGUGGAAGCUUUCCUCGCUGAGGCCAACAUGAUGAAGAACUUGCAGCAUCCUCGGCUGGUCCGUCUCUUUGCCGUGGUUACCCAGGAGCCGAUCUAUAUCGUCACGGAAUACAUGGAAAACGGCAGCCUGGUGGACUUUCUAAAAACACAGGAGGGAGGCAAUUUACCCAUCAACACCCUGAUAGACAUGGCGUCUCAGGUGGCUGAUGGCAUGGCGUUCAUCGAGCAGAAGAAUUACAUCCACCGGGAUCUGCGAGCUGCAAACAUCCUGGUGUCUCAUGAGCUCAUCUGUAAGGUGGCUGACUUUGGACUGGCAAGACUCAUCGAGAACAAUGAAUACACAGCCAGAGAGGGUGCAAAGUUUCCCAUCAAAUGGACAGCUCCUGAAGCUAUCAACUACGGCACGUUUACCAUAAAAUCAGAUGUGUGGUCAUUUGGCAUUCUGCUCACGGAAAUAGUGACAUACGGGCGAAUUCCUUACCCUGGUAUGUCCAACCCAGAGGUCAUUCAAAACCUUGAGCGAGGCUACAGAAUGCCGAAGCCAGACGGCUGCCCCGAUGGGCUUUACGCCAUCAUGUGCCAUUGCUGGAAGGAGAUUCCAGAGGACAGACCCACCUUUGAAUACCUGAAAAACGUCUUGGAGGACUUUUUUGCUUCCACAGAGAGGCAAUACCAUUAGCAACACCGGAUCCAACAGACAAACAUAUAGUUGGAUGAAAAGCUGAAUGCUGGACUUCAAACUUAAGUGUUUCUUUUUUCUAUUAAGAGAGUAAACAUGAAGACGUUCAAACUUGGACUUUUUUUUAACUUCAAACUAUUACAGAAGAAAACGUAACCCCCACGAGAGAAUAAGAGACUGUUUGACGUAGCAGGAAAAAGCAGCUGCUCUCCUUGUGGUCCUAUAAUGUGUAAAUAUUGUUAAAGUGCUUCAAACUGAGUUUACCUCUACUGUCUGAUAAAGUAGAAAACUUUGAGCAAAUCUUUUGUGUGGCUAAAACUAAACCAGAACUCAAACUUUUGUUGAUUAAUUGCUGUGACAUAUGAAAUGCAAAAAAGUUUAAUUCCUUUUUUGUACUUCUUCACCAAAGCUAAUUCACCUGGAUUUGAUACAUUUGCACAAAAAUAUGACAUUUUCCUUGUCUUGAUUAUAAGGUAUUUGCAACCUUUUUGUUGGGACUGAUGGAUUCUAAAGAUGGAGCAACCUGCAGAUUCUUGGACGAUAUGACCUCAAACUAAUAUCCUCCAUCCAUCCAUUUUCUUGACCUGCUAUCCCUUUCGGGGUCACAAGGAUGCCGGAACCUGUCAUAGUCACUGCUGGGUGAAGGUGGGGUACCCCCUGGACAGGUCGCCAGUCUGUCACAAGGCUAACUAACAUCUUAAUACUUUUAAUGUUAUCAUAACUCCCAAUUUUGUUUAUAUGAAAUCUGUUCUGCAUAAAUGGUUAAGUAAAUAUUGUGAAUAAAAAGACUUGAAGGGAGAAAUCACAAUGAUGCUGACUUUUUGACUAUUAAUAAAAUGUCUAUUCAAGGCUCUCUUAAACAUGAGGCUGUUUUAAACAUCUUCAGUCUGAGUGUGUGAUUGUGUGUGGCUACAUUUUUAUGUAGCAGAGGCUAAGAUUUAUGCUAGCGAGACACGGAGCUAUGAUAAUC